AUGGCUUUAAAAAGAAUCAAUAAGGAAUUGCUCGAUCUCGGCAGAGAUCCACCAUCAAGCUGCUCUGCUGGUCCAACUGGCGAUAAUAUGUUCAGGUGCCUGGCAAGCAACAAUAAUGGGUCCACCGAAAAGUCACAAAGUCCAUAUGAUGGCGGUGUGUUCUUCUUGAAUAUCACUUUCCCUACAGAUUACCCAUUCAAGCCACCAAAAGUUUCAUUCCAAACUAAGAUUUACCAUCCAAACAUCAACUCGAAUGGUUCAAUCUGUCUUGACAUUCUCAAGGAUCAGUGGUCACCAGCCUUGACUAUUUCUAAAGUUCUUCUCUCAAUCUGUUCAAUGUUAACCGAUCCGAACGCGGAUGAUCCACUUUCACCUGAGAUUGCUCACCUCUACAAGACUGACAGACAGCGCUACGAAACGACAGCUAAAGAAUGGACACUGGGAAUUUCAGGUCUAAUCCCAACACUCAAGGAUGCCUCAAAGCCCAAGCAUAUCUCAGAAUACAAAGGUCAGACUUUGGCUAUAGACGCUUAUGUUCUGUUACAUCGUGGCGCGUUCAGCUGUCCAGCUGAAAUUGUCAAAGCUGGUCUAAUUACCGAUAUCAAUCAGCGUAAUCUUGAAUUAUCAAAGUUAUCAACCAAAUUUCUCAAUUAUUCCAUUUUCCAGAUAAAAGCAAUGAUUGCUAUCAAGGUUAAACCCUACGUUGUCUUUGAUGGUGGUCCACUUGGUGCUAAACUCUACACUGAAUCCAGCAGGGACAACUCUCGUGCAAAGAACCUCGAUAUUGCACUCAGGUUAGAGGCUCAGGGUAAAAAAACACAAGCUAGACAAGCGUUUAGCAAAUGUGUAGAUAUUACGCCUCGUAUGGCAUACGAGUUAAUUAAAGUGCUUCGUUCAUUGAGAGUCGACUAUGUUGUGGCUCCUUAUGAAGCAGAUGCGCAAAUGUAUCACCUAGAGAGAAUCAGCUUAGUAGAUGGAAUCAUUACGGAGGAUUCUGAUUUGCUCGUUUUUGGUGCCAGAAAAGUCAUCUUCAAGCUCAAGCAGGACGGCAGCUGUGACGAGAUUUCUAGAGAUAGAUUUGGCUUGGUUCGUCUCGAUGGUAUCCCGCUUUGUUCAGGACAAUGGACGGAUGUCCACUUCCGUCGUAUGGCCAUGUUGAGUGGAUGUGAUUAUCUCAAAAGUCUACCAGGUGUAGGAUUAAAGAAGGCUUUUGAUGCCGUUAGACGCGGCGGUGAAACUUUUGAUAUGUUGACACUCUACUUUCAUCAUCAUUAUGAAAAUAAAGGAAAGAAGAUACCCACUGACUACUGGUAUAAGUUCAGGCUUGCAGAUCUUGCCUUCAUGCAUCAAAGAAUUUGGUGUCCGAUUGAACGGAAAAUCAAGCCACUAAAUCCACUCCCUGUUGACUUUGCUCAUAAUGAAGAAAUUAAUGAUUGGAUUGGUUGUGAUAUGCCUGAUGAAGUUGCUGAAGCUAUUGCAAAUGGCAACUUAUGUCCAAUCACCAAUGAAGAGUUUGCAAAUGAAGCCAUUGCAACAAGACCUAAAGCUAUGACAGCUAGAAAUACAAUCAACGAUAAAGUAGCACCUCAGAAAUCAUUAUUUGAUUUUUUUAACAAGAGUACCGGUAACAAUAGUGGAAGAAAGUCGUUUGCGGGGGUCAUUAGUGAGCGUAAAACUCCAAAGCACAAUACAUCAGCAGGUAGUAACCAUACGAAACAAAAUCAGAAGGAAAAUGUCUCCUCACCCUACUUUAGUGCCAUAGCUAGCACAUCUCAGCCAAUAAAGAGGAAGUCUAAUAAAGUAGAGAUCCCACGCACUUUGAAACAUGUAUCGCCUGAACAACCACAACCAACCAACAACAUCAGCUUCAGUUCGCCAACAGCAGCGUCUGAUGAGCUGAUAUCAUCUCCUGUCUCAGUUGACGUUUGUAAGGACGAAAAAAAAAUAUCGAUUGAGGAUGAGGAGGAAGAGGUCUUUGAGGAGUUUGAUACGCCAUCAAGAAAGGAAAACAUCAAGAAGGCUAAAUUAUCAAUAGAAGCAACUCCAAGCCCAACUCAAAGACUGAAGCAACAGAUCGAAAUGAAUGACAAUAUCAAGACUGGAGAUGAUUGUCUUGAUUCAGAUGAUGAUUGUCAAAUAAUAACAGAUAGCUCAAUGAGGUCGAAUGAUACAAUCACCAAAAGUUGGUGGGAGAGAUUCUCAUAUAAAACUACGCAAUCACAAUCAACUACAACUUCAACAUCGAUACCUUCUUCCCCACCAGCUGAAGAAAGAACACAAUCAACACCAUUCUCAUCAUUUUCUGUUGAUUCUCAACCUGAAAAUGCUCCAGUUAAGUCAAAGUCGUCAAUCAAGUUACUCAACUUUGCAUACACUCGUCAAUGA